AUGUACGCCAAGGGCAAGGGCUCCAGCGUGCCCUCCGACGGACAAGCGCGCGAGAAGUUGGCACUGUAUGUGUAUGAAUAUCUCCUUCAUGUUGGGGCUCAGAAAUCUGCACAGACUUUCCUCUCCGAGAUCCGGUGGGAAAAGAACAUUACCCUGGGAGAACCACCUGGCUUCCUUCACUCCUGGUGGUGUGUGUUUUGGGACCUGUACUGUGCAGCUCCUGAUCGGCGAGAGACCUGCGAGCACUCAAGUGAGGCCAAAGCUUUCCAUGAUUAUAGCUCCGCAGCUACGACCAGUCCUGUGAUGGCCAACCUGCCGCCCAGUGAAGCCAUCAGUGGGCCUAUGUUGUCAGGCUUUUUCCAGGGACCACCUGGCUCCCAGCCAUCCCUACAUGCUCAAGCUCCCAUGCACAACCCCAAUGCGGCAAUGAUGGGACCCCAUAAUCAGCCAUUCAUGCCUUCGCGUUUCCCUGGUGGGCUCCGUCCUUCCGUUCGAAUGCCAAGCCAGCCAUCUAUGGGUGUGUCUGGCCAACCUCUGAUGCCCAGUGCAAUGGAUCCAGCAAUCCGAUCACAAGUAGGGCAUCCUAACAUGGGCCCGAUGCAGCGCAUGACACCACCACGGGGUAUGACGGGAAUGGCUCCACAGAAUUAUGGUGGUGGCAUAAGACCUCCUCCAGGGUCUCUGGUUUGCCCCGGUAUGGCCACAAUGAACAUAGCUCCGGGUGUUCGAGGAUCCUGGUCAAAUAUAAACACAAACUCGGUAUCCUAUUCCUCGUCUUCCCCUGGCAGCUACGGGGGAGGCGGAGGCCCCCCUGGCACCCCUCUCAUGCCAAGCCCUGGAGACUCUACCAACUCUAGUGAAAAUAUGUACAUGAUGAACUCCGUUGGCCCUCCACCAAGCCGGCCUGGGUUCUCCAUGGGGCCAAGUCCAGAAGGUCCAAUGGCUGGAAUGAGUGCCAUGGAGCCCCAUCAUAUGAAUGGAUCUUUAGGUCCAGGUGAAAUAGAUGGGAUGCCCAAGAAUUCCCCGGGUAGCAUGGCCAGCAUAGCUAACCCACCGGGCACCCCGCGUGAUGACAGCAGCAGUGAGAUGGGCAGCAGCUUCAUAAACCCCUUCCAAAGCGAGAGCGUAAGGGCCUGCGUGGAGCGGCGGCCGCGGAGGGGGCGGGGAUCUCGGGGGGCACGCGGGGGGCGGGGCACCCUGUGGCAGGGUCGGACUGGGCUGUCAGUACCAACAGCUAACAGUGCCAUCUCAUGCUGGAAGCAGCAGCUGUCAGAGGUGUGAAGAGGGGGCCGGUGCCCCCCCUCCUCCAUGAUGGACCCUUCCUCUAAUGCUGUGGUGUCUCCCAUCUGUCUCCCCAGUAUUCGCCCAGCAUGACAAUGAGCGUGUGACCUGGCCUGGAUGCCCAGUCCCCGAGGAGCCAGACUGAUGCCCCCCCCCCGGGGGGUUUUUUCCCCCCCCCCCCCGUAUUUAAUAACAGCUUCCCUUGAUUGCUAGUCUCAGCCUUUCCCUGCCCCCAGUCUGGACUUUUGAUCCCUGCCCAGGUCACCACCUGCCCUCUCUAACUGGUACUCAGUAAACUCUAGUGACGUUGAGCAUUGUCACUAAUCAAGUGGGACAGCCGAAGGUUUGAUAAUGCUGCACAAGCGGACAAUUACGAAAGGCAGAGAGAUGCACCUUCCUCUCCUGCUGGACUGCAGCAUCCCUUACCCCGAAAGGGUUUAUGAUGAUCCAUUGGACAUUGGGACUGUCGUCUACCGUGCGUCUUUGGACUUUUAAAUUCUGCAUUGUAGCAGGAACAGUUGAGCUGUUUGGAAAGCUUCGUUUUGGUCUCCGUUCUUAAAAACCCGGUGGUACAGUUGUGGGGAAAAGCAUGUGCAUCAGGAAACACGGUCAAGACUCUUCCGGAGUCUUGAAGUUCGGCAGGAGCGGGCCUAGAGGAAGACACAAAGCCCCUUUUGGUGAGCUUGGGAGGUAAGCGGGAAAGACGUGGUAGGUGAAAAUUGGCUGCCAUGAGCUGAUGGAAUUAAUUGGGAGGUAUGUGGGCUUUGACUGGCAAUGCAAAAGUUUUUGAGAAAUGGGCAGAUUCUCUUCGCUCGUGUCUGCAGCCAGCUUUGGUUUCCUGCCUGUGUUCAGAAAAAAAAAAUAGCAAACUUGUUUCCUAAUUGCACAGACUUCUAUGGAAUUCUGUUCUUGAUUCUGCCAAUAUCGGUUGGCAGAGACUGUGUGGUAACAGAUGCUACAGGGGUGGGGAAAAGAUACACUAAUAUUGAACUCGAGGUGAAUUUGAGCUUGGUUCCUGAUGACUUCAACAGAAACUUCCAUGUUGUUUUCUUGGCCAUAGCAUGGAAGUAUUUUGCCAUUGCAUUCUUAUGGGAUGUAUUUUCAGCUUCCUACAGCCUUGGGAUUUCCUAGUGGUCUCCCAUUCUGGUAUUAACCAGACUAAAAUCUGCACAGCUUCCAAGCCUAGACAAGGUCAGCCGGAUGCUGCCACCAGCUGAUCUACUAGUUGCUAUGCAAAGAUACAAAUUAUGUUAGCGGUUACUGUUUUUCCCUGCAUCAUGUUUUUAGCCUUUUUCAUUUUUCUCUCUCAAAUAGGGUAUGACAUGCCUUUUCUGUCACCUCUGCCGGCAGUAACUGAAAAAGAAACUUGGGUGUAAGAGAACUUUAUGGCAGAGGUGCACAUUAGAGAUUUCCCCUCUUCUGUCUUCCAUCCCUUCCAGCUAAGAAGGUAAAGGGGAAAUACUGUGAAUGACUUAUAUAAAACACCUCCAUCUCUUCCCAACAUUAACAAGAAUAUAAAAAUACACCUUUUGACUGUCUCUUCAAAAGUCAGUCCUCCAUCUGUCAGCUUUCAGAUGCUUCCUAUUAUAAUUCCUGUCACCAUAGCCAGCAACUUUGGGUGUUGGGAGCUGAAAGCUAAAACCUGUGAAGAAGGGCAUCAACUCAAGGAAGCCUGUUGUAUUUGUGUGUCGGUGAAUACAGUACUUUGGAAGAGAUCUAAUUGUUUGGCCUCUUCUCACAACUGUUAUCAAAGGAACACAUGUCCUCCGGGAUGGAUGGAGAUGGUUUGGUCCUUGAAAGGGACCGAACGGGGGUAUCCCUUGAGGUUUAUAUUGUGAAAGUGGCAACAAUUGGCCUUUGCCAUCUGGGAGGGUUGACUUCCCAGUCUAGUCUAUAGUUCUGGAAGGUCCUGAAGGUCUCACAGCCACGUGCUAAGUGGGCCAAACCUACUUAUCUUUUUUUUUUCUAAGAACCACUAUGUUGCCAUCAGCUGCAAAAAAUUACAGCCCAAACAUGGGUGAUUUACUUGGUUGGUGUAUAGUAGGCAACCACCAUAGCUGGACAGCUUUUGAGCUCAAGCCAAGGGGAGCCCACCUUCUCCUUCAUUAUCAGAGGAUUCUUCCAGCAGAAAAUUUACCCAAAUAUGUAACCAGUUGGUCUUCUUGGGUCUUAAAUUCAUUCAAGCUACAGAGAUCUUGACUUUCAGUGGUACUUCAAGAGUGCCAUCGUAUUUUUCCUCUCCCCUUUGUUCUUUUUCCCUCAAGGCUUAACACACCCAACUCCUUCAGUCUGUUCUCAUAGGACUAAAAUUCCUACCAGGCCUACGAGCAGACAAGAUCAAGAAACAGGAAGACUAAAAAACUAAACUUUAUUGAUCAGGCUACAGUAACAGAAUCUUGCAAGUCUGCCCAUGUUUUCCCUUCCAUCCUUCUUAUAUCAGAAGGAACCAAUCUGAAUCUUUUUCUAAUACUUUCCCACCUACCUGGGCUUAAUGCAUGCUUCAGCAUUUGUGGUUGUUCUGUGGGCUACUCAGUGUCUUCUCCGAGAUCAUCUCCGUUGUCCCUACAGUUCCUGAACCCAAUUGUCUUUUUCCCCUACUUUCUUUAAAAUCAUUCCAGUUUGUUUUCUUAAAAUGUGGCAUCCAGAACCAGACUGAACAAUGAAUGGCAUUAUCUUUAUUAUUGUCAUCCCUAUCAUCUCUGCAAGCUGAGAUGUCUGGGCUUAACUUUUCCAGAAAACAUUGGGAUUUCAGAUCUCGGCUUUUGAGAUCAGCGAAAAAAGAACGGAGUCAUUCUAUUUUGCUUGGUUAGAUAUGAGUGAUCAUUACAAUUCAUAGGCAUUCAAAGGGAGAAAGAGAAGAACAUAACUGUACAGUGCUCUCGUGACAAAAACUCUGCCCCUUAGUAUUUGAUGUUCCUAUAUAUUUUGGUAUUGGGAUUAGAUACAUGGAUGCCUGU